AUGAAACCUACUUGUAGAGAUGGGGAAUUUACUAAUGAAAUUCAUUGUACCAAACCUGAAAGCACUAAAACAGAUAAUAAGCCAUAUGUUUGUGGUAAAUAUGGUAAUGCAUUUAGCGAUAAUCUUGUCAAACAUAAAGAGAAUCAUGUAGCAAAGAAAUCAUGUGUAUGUGAUCAAUGUGGUAAAGCAUACAGUAGUGCACAUUAUCUUGCAACACAUAAACGCAUCCAUACAGGUGUGAAGCCCUAUGUAUGUGAUCAAUGUGGUAAAGCAUUUAGUUGUGAACAUCAUCUCACAAGACAUAAACGCAUCCAUACAGGUGAGAAGCCCUAUGUAUGUGAUCAAUGUGGUAAGGCAUUUAAUCGUGAAGAUGCUCUCACAACACAUAAACGAAUCCAUACAGGUGAGAAGCCCUAUGUAUGUGAUCAAUGUGGUAAGGCAUUUAAUCGUGAAGAUGCUCUCACAACACAUAAACGAAUCCAUACAGGUGAGAAACCCUAUGUAUGUGAUCAAUGUGGUAAGGCAUUUAGUUGUGAACAUCAUCUCACAACACAUACACGCAUCCAUACAGGUGAGAAGCCCUAUGUAUGUGAUCAAUGUGGUAAGGCAUUUAAUAGUGAACAUAAUCUCAAAAAACAUAAACGCAUCCAUACAGGUGAGAAACCCUGUGUAUGUGAUCAAUGUGGUAAGGCAUUUAAUCAAGAAGCUCAUCUCACAGCACAUAAACGCAUCCAUACAGGUGAGAAACCCUAUGUAUGUGAUCAAUGUGGUAAGGCAUUUACUUAUGAACAUCAUCUCACAAGACAUAUACGCAUUCAUACAGGUGAGAAGCCCUAUGUAUGUGAUCAAUGUGGUAAGGCAUGUAGUCUUGAAGAUGUUCUCACAGCACAUAAACGUAUCCAUACAGGUGAGAAGCCCUAUGUAUGUGAUCAAUGUGGUAAGGCAUGGAGUAACUCUUCCUCUCUCAGGUACCAUAAGCCAAAAUGCCAAGGUGCAAACACACAGUGCAAUAAGAAACUUGUGCAAUCACAAGUGAGCAGCAUCAAAACCAAUGAAAUGUAAGUCUUGAUC